CGGGGGAAUGGGCCUGAAUGGGCCUGGUAUGGGUAGCACGCACGUGAGUGGCCUCGGUUUUGGCGCGCAGAAUAUGGCGGCAACGAGUUAAGCACCAUCCACAAAUUUUGGCACAGUCACUUGUUUCAUCUGCGGGAAGACCGAUCAUUACUCUCGUAAUUGCUGGCAGGCUGCAAGCAGUCGAAAACCGGAGGAGGAUUUGGAGAUGAAGGAGCUUCUGCGGCGCAUUGCGAAACGGGAGAAAGACGAGGAGGAGAAGAAAAUACGUGAGGCGGAGGAAUCGAAGAGUAGAGAGGAAGAACAAAGGAAGGAAGGUGAAAAGCUUAGAGAAGCUGAGGCAAGGGAGGCACAACUUGAAGCUUCUAUUGUUCGGAUUUUAUCACAACAGAAGCCACCGUUGAUGAUAACUAGUCCCCAACCUCCUGACGAACCAAAGAGGAGAUCUCCACGAACCAAGGCUCGUAUGCUGCGUGAGAUACGGAGCUACAUAGCUGAAUCAGACGAUGACAGCGAAGAAGUCAAGGAGGAGGCAGAGAAGCUUAUUGAAGCCAUUGAAAACCGGAAGAAGAACAACAAGAAGAAUGCAGCGACACUACGGGAUGUGACCAGUCGGCUGAUGAAGACUCCAAGGCGGGGGAGAGGACGCAUCACUGAGACAGUUGUGGAUAUGGAUGUGUUUGAAACUCCGAAAAAGUUAUGUCCGGCCGAAUGCUCGAGUGAGGGAGUAGUUGAAUUUGCCCUGAAGCAGGCUAGAACGCUUAAUGCACUUAAGAGUACCAGAUAUUCGGGCGAUCUGUGAUCGGGAAGAGAUAGAGUAUGUUGUUAAGGACCAGGCAGUAGAUGAGAUAGCAAGGUGCCGUAUGAGACUUGCUUAUGAGGGCGUUUUUGAGAAGGAUCCGGCAACUCCGGUAGGUAGGUCUACUCCGAAUGUUAGGAGCUCUUAGUGAUUUACUGGGAGCCACGAUCGCAGCACAGUGAUGAGGGAACACGAUAUCACUGGUAACUAUGGGGUUAUCGUCCCGAGAAGCAUCGAGUAGAUACAAGGAGCUCAUUGAUCGAAGAAAGUAGAGGGAAUACACAGGAAUACAACCGCUAUUAGUCAGGUCCGAGGAGAAUGAGCUGGCUUUGUUGUUUCUGCUACUAGCGAUCAGGGGCUUUAUACCCUGGGUACGAAAGAUCCUGCGUUUUAUCGAUCCCAAUCGGAUUGACGUUAGUCUGCCUGGUGUUUAUGCGUUGAUUAGUCCGAUUUGUUGGAGAUUCUAUAUCGGAUGUACGGUAAGGAGGAUUAUAACGAGAUGGGCGGAGCAUAUACGUUGUGCUAAGACAGGCGGGAUAGGCAAUGCUCCAAAAUUGCAUUCGUGGCUCAGAUUUUUUGGUUGCCAAAAGUAUGUAGUAAUACCGCUUGUUAUGGAAGUAAAUGACCCAUUGAUAG